CUUGUUUCAAAUCCGUUUUAAUCCGUUCAUCUUCCACACUCGUGACCACUCGGAGGAGGUAACGCACCGAUUUGUUGCAUGUUGUUUGUCAAAGGGGAGAGCUUGAAAUCAGUUGGCUCUGGACUGUCGUGUAAACAUGGGGUUGCAAACUCAAGCCCUUGUUACUGCUAAAUGGCUCGCAAACAUGGUCAACCGCAAUCUUGUCGGACCGCGUCUGCGGGUCCUGGACACGUCCUGGUACCUACCGAUGAUGGGACGAGACGGCAAGAAGGAGUUUGCACGAUCUCACAUCCCAGGAGCGUCUUUUUUCGACAUAGACGAGUGCUCGGACAGGAACUCAAAGUUUGAUCAUACGCUGCCCACCGAGCAGUUUUUCGCAGACUACGUGGGGAACCUGGGCAUCGGGACUGACAGCCAUGUGGUUGUUUACGACGCCAGUGACUUUGGAGCAUUUUCUUGCACCAGGGUUUGGUGGAUGUUUCGGUUGUUUGGACAUCCUCAAGUGUCGGUGCUUAACGGGGGGUUCAGGGACUGGGUGAGGGAGGGGUACCCUGCCUCAAGCGCGCACACCAGGCCUGAAGCAGCGCGCUUCACCGCCACUAUGAACCGCUCCUGGGUGAAGUCGUUUGAGGACAUCACAGAGAAUAUUGCGUCUCAGCGGUUCCAGGUCGUGGAUGUGCGGCCCCGUGAAAGGUUUCAUGGGAGAGAACCAGAACCAAGAGAGGGUGUCCAGCCGGGUCACAUCCCCGGCUCCCAAUGCAUGCCUUUCCUUGAGUUUCUCGAUGAUGACGGCAUGAUGCUCUCCACGGAGAAGCUGAAGAAGUUCUUCGAGGAGUCAAAAGUAGACCUGAACAAGCCGAUCUGUGGAUCCUGUGGCUCCGGUGUGACCGCCUGUCACAUGGUGCUGGCGGCUCAUCUGUGCGGGUUCCCAGGGGCCUCUGUGUAUGACGGCUCCUGGUACGAGUGGUUCACCAAGGCUCCACCGGAGCAUGUUGUCUCCGAUGUCAAACGCAAGCUCUGAAGGAGGCCGAAGACGUGACAAAGUCUCACUUACAAAUCAGCAUUUAACAAAAUCACUUUGUGUUACUGAAUGAUUUAUCGCACAUUAAGCCUUAUCAUAAAUAUUUUAACAUCCAGAAAUAAGCAGAGAUAUGCACCUUAAACCUAUGCUGUGUGUGCUUGUUAGAGGAUUUGAAUGUGGAUUUAACACACAUUCUAUACUUGAUUGUGAAACAAGGCUGUUUGAUAAAGGACUGUUUGUUGGCAGCUUAGAAGCAAGUUUGAACUCAAUUUGACUUUUGUUGGAUUGAAAGUCACAGCUUUCUUAUAUGUUGGAACAAGUGAAAAGAAAUGACUGCUGGUGCUGCCAGAACACCAUAACAGAAUACUUGUUUUUCUGGCUUAUUUGACAUAUUUCCUGCUAAAUCUUGAAUAUGAAAAGCUUUUUGCCACUCUAGCACCUUAUUAAGAAAUGGCACAACCUGGUGGUGCUUUAGAGGAAGUGCACUUUUAAAAAAUAUAUGCAUGCCCUCUAUCUCAGUUAUAAACUAAUGACCACUUAAGCAGGUAAAUGCACUUUGUUCCAAAGAAUCUUGAUAUGUGAUUUAAAUGUAAUCUAUUUUUUUAUA